AUGCCUUGUGCAUUGUUGUUUAAUAAUAAUUAUUGUUCAUAGGACGCAUUGUCAGAAAAUUUCUUCAUCCCAUAUCACAUUCUCUUCACUGUUUUAUUAUUGUUAUUGUUUCACACACCGGUAGGUGCAAGAAAGUAAUUAAGAAGAAUUGAUGAUGGAUAUAAAAUUUGAUCCUCAUAAGGAGAGUGAAUACCAUGAAGAUGUCUUUAAAAAAAUAUUGUGCUGGAGACAUUGUGCAUCAUAGUCAAUGUAAAUGAGAAUGACAGUAUACAGACGAGUCACACCCACUGCGCAUGCGCGUCGAAGGUGUCUGCGCGUGCAGCGCAGCAUGACCUUUACCAUCCGGCACGCCCACGUACACCGGUGGUUAGUGAGAUCAUGUUCGCGCUCAUUUUCAAAUGCAAGUAGAAGUAGACUAUCUCUAUGGCUGUGUUUUUGGCGACUCAAGCUACAGUAUUUAAAGGCUUUCUGGAGCCCAAGACCACCAUCAGACGAAUACCAUGGCUACGAACGCCGCGAUAGAAGAUUUCGAUGUAGCGUCACCCCGUCGAAGAAAACACUCCAGCUACUCCGAGCCCAGUAUCACAGCCAGCAGCAGCAGCAGCACCAGCGAUGGGUACUACAGCCUGGGUUAGUGCUUGGUGUUCCUGACGUUUUCUCCAGACGGACGCUACCAGUAUGGCAGUCGAGGGGAGGGAAGAUCAGAACAGUAGGGCUGAAAAUUGGUAUAAUUAUAUCUUUGCAGAGUUGGAGUCACAAACCAAUAGGGAUGCCCUUUCAAAGCAGCAGGAAGAAGUCAAUUCAUUUCCUCCUGAUGCAUAAUGAUGAGCAUACAUGGUACUGUACACUUCCUUCUCAUAUUUCAAGUUGGUCAAGUGAGUGUGAAAAUAUAAUUUAUAUGCCAGUAUGUAUAGUUGUAUUGGAGGUGCAUGCAUACAUCUUUCUUCCCACUUCACAGGAUUGCAGCUGCUGCAUUCUUUGGAGCUUACUGCUGUAAGUCAACAUUAUAUAUAAUAUCAUGUACAUAACUAUGGACGAACUGUUGUUAUAGAAUGAGCCUGACCUUGAUGAGGCUGUGAAGAAAAUCACUGAAAACCAUGGUUACAUCUCUGUGGUUACUUCUGACAAAAGGACUCUAGCAUCAUUUAAACAAUAGAAAUUUUAUCUUAUGCUCUUUACUGUAUCAUUGCUCUUUGUAUCUCAUGCUCUUUUACUGUGAAAUAUUUUUGUCACUUCAACAGUAAGAGCAAUGGCGCUACUGCAACAACGAACAGCGCUCUAAAGCACCAACCGCGUGUUGUCGAACACCCUAUGAAAUGUUUAUGAACACC